AUGGACGUGGCUCGUGAACAAGAGGCCGAUCGAGAGAUAUGGGACGAAGAGGACAACACAUUUGACGGCUGGGACGAUGAAGGUGCCGUGCCGACGCGGGCGCUGUUUCCCGGUGAUGAAGACCGGACGUUCUCAAGUGCUGACGAAGCACUUGAGCACGCCAAGAGCCAGGGUUGUGACUUGCGUGCGCUUGUGAAACGAUUGCAGCUUGACUCUUGGCAAUUGAUUCGUCUAAUCAACUAUAUCAGGCGGCCGACGACGAGUCCGCGGCCGACGCCCGAGUCGAUCAUGUCUCUCACGGGACAUGAGGCGUUUCUGACGGACGACGGCGAAAUGCAGCCGGUGCCUGGCUACGAGCAAGAUGGGCUGCUACAGCUGGACUUGACAGAAGAAACGGAGCGGAUGGAUCCGAAUGUCGAGCUCGCGAUGCUCCGUGCGGCGUAUGAUGAGCUUCGACAUCAGUACGCGGAGCGCUUGGGUAUCACAGCGGCGACGGCCCAAGCGUCCGCGCGUGCGUCGGUGCCGGUGCCAGCUGCAUCGCCUGUCGAUGCGCACUACUUUGAAAGCUAUGCUGGGCAAGAUAUCCAUCAGACCAUGAUUGGCGAUACGGUGCGCACACUUUCAUAUGCCAAGUUCCUGCUGUCCCCGGAGAAUGCACACUUGAUCCAGGGCAAGACGAUCAUGGACGUAGGCUGUGGCUCGGGGAUUUUGAGUCUGUUUUGCGCACGUGCAGGUGCGAAGCAUGUGCUGGCGAUUGAUGCCAGUGACGUUGCGGACCGAGCGAGUGCGAAUGUGGAAGAGAAUGGAUUCGGGCAUGUUGUGCGUGUGUUCAAGGGGAAGAUUGAAGCACUCGAUGACGACUUGCGGGCAUGGGCAGGUCAAGUCGACUUGCUUGUAAGUGAGUGGAUGGGCUACUUCUUGCUGUAUGAGUCGAUGCUGCCGUCGGUCUUGUAUGCACGCGAUCGAUACCUGCGUCGUGAGGGUAUUUUGGCUCCGUCGCACUGCCGUAUGCUCCUAGCUGCAGCCACAGACUGCAGUGCACUUUGUGAGCGAACGCGAUUCUGGCGCAACGUAUAUGGCUUCCGCAUGCCAAGCAUGACGCGCGGCCUCACGAGCGAUGCAGCGACCGAGGAUGUCGAAAAGGAAGCGAUCGUGAGUGAUGCCGCGACGAUCUAUGAUCUGCCAUUAGAGACGCUACCAGCGGAGCAGCCGGAGUUUGCCGCACCAUUCUCGCUCACGAUCCAAAAGUCCUGCACGGUGCAUGGCUUUGUGUCGUGGUUCGACACGUGGUUCACACCAGCGCCACGUGUACCGACGAGCGAGCUCCCACCUGUCACGACAGCCCCCGUCCAAGAGCGGGAUGUAUUUGGUCUCGACAUGCAAGGCUCUCAGGUCGUGCCUGCCGUGUUGACGACAUCGUGUCCUGGCGAGACUGUGUCGUUUACGACGUCGCCUUUCGGCAAGCCAACACACUGGAAGCAGACGAUUUUCUUGCUCAAGACGCCGAUCGAGGUCGACGCUGGCUCUUGUUUGCAGGGCGAGAUCCAUGUGUAUGCGUCGAAGAGCAAUGCACGUGAGCUGGACGUGGACAUUCACUAUGCCGUGGAUGAGCACAAGCGACCCGCUGGUGAGAAGCGUGUCUCUACGCGUAUGAUGCAGGCGUAUUGUGUCCGCUAG